AUGGACUACAGGACAAGAUCACCCUAUGGCUCGCAGUCGAUCGCAGUGCAGAAUCUAGAGACGACUAUCGAGGAGCUCGAGGAGCGCCUUCGACUCCUGAGGGCAGCUUCCCCCGCACCGUCCACAGAAACCAUCAGGGCACCUCCGCCACGGCCGAUGCGCUCGAGCCUGCGUUCUGCACCGCUCCCGCCCAAAGUCAGUACAGGCCGGGAGUUCGCAGAAUUGGACGGGGCAGUAAACGUCGCGGGAAGCGGCACGGUCGAGGCCCGCGAGCGCGAAGAAUUUCGCGCGCAUUUGAAGAUUCGGGCCCCUCCGGCGGCGGCGGAUGUGGCGACCAACAUCACGAAGAACGCGGAGAACAGGAAGAACGAAGAGCGUGUCGAUGUCGCGCCCAAGCUGACUAUCAAGAUUAGGCCUCGUAUUAGUCUGCAAGACCGUUUCAGCGUGCGGAUCGUUCCUGUCAACAACCACACCACGCUGUGGGAUGUCGAUAAUGAGUACUUGUACGCUUGGGCGGGCAUGCUCGUGGUGCAAGACGUCUGGCCGACGGGGUACACCCACGUCCGCGACGUUAUCAAGGACUUCGCCAUCGACUUUCGCGCAAUCGCCGAACCGAUCACGGACCCUUCCCAGUCCGACUCCUUCCUCUUGAACCCCGAAUACGACAUAUGGAACAUAAGCUACCGGCACGCCCUGCGCACCAACAAUCCGGACUCCCCGGACUCUCAGGCUAGCAAGCGAGACGAGAUCAUGGUCGACUCUUCGUACUCGCGCGAGAAAUCGGAACAGCCAGGGGGCCCGCUCACAUGGCGUAUCAAGUUCUGGGUACCCGUGCCUGCUCAUUUGUUUGCUCACGCGGAGCACAAGACGUUUGUGUGCCAGGCAAGCGUUUUGAUUCGGCAUACGGAUUGCGGCGCGCAGCAGACCGUGCCAGUAUGGGCGGAGAACAUUGCGGUUGGGAUCGAGCGGCUGUACACACGGCGGUUGUGCUGCACAGAAGACCCUGCGCUACCGCAUGAUUGCGCUUGA